AUGUACUAUACUGAGCUCCCAGUGAAUGUAUUUGAAAAUAAGAUUGCAUCUAAGUUAAAAAUCCACAUUGUUCCACCAAUCUUUGUGUAUGAUUGUAAAUCUUAUUUUUGCAUUUUUCUCCACAGUUUUACAGAAUUUCUGGAUCCAUUCCAGCGAGUUAUUCAACCAGAAGAAAUUUGGCUGUACAAAAACCCCAUUGUGCAGUCAGACCACAUACCUACUCGCAUUAUGUUUGCUAUUUCUUUCCUCACACCCCUGGCAGUGAUCUUUGUUGUCAAAAUAAUUCGCAGAACAGAUAAAACAGAGAUUAAAGAGGCCUGUUUAGCUGUUUCUCUGGCCCUUGCUCUGAAUGGAAUCUUUACCAAUACGAUUAAGUUAAUAGUGGGAAGACCACGUCCUGAUUUCUUCAACCGCUGCUUUCCGGACGGUGUGAUGAACCCUGAGAUGCACUGCACAGGUGAUCCAGAUAUCGUGUCAGAGGGUAGAAAGAGUUUUCCUAGCAGUCAUUCCUCCUUUGCUUUUUCAGGUCUGGGUUUUACCACCUUCUACUUAGCUGGAAAAUUGCACUGCUUCACGGAUAUUGGUCAAGGAAAAAGUUGGAGACUGUGUGCAGCAAUCCUCCCUUUGUAUUGUGCUGUGAUGAUUGCCUUGUCGAGGACUUGUGACUACAAACAUCACUGGCAAGAUGCAUUGGUUGGUGCUCUAAUUGGCAUUAUUUUUGCCUACCUUGCCUACAGACAACACUAUCCAUCACUGAAUCACACUGAAUGUCACAAGCCACAUGUCUGCCUCAUGGUUCAGGUAUCAGCUCAACAGGAAGAAGCCUCCACUCCAGACAAAGCUGUCAACCUGGCUUUAGAGGGUCUUACUGAAGGCCCUGUAUGA